ACUACUUCACCAUCUUUAUCAGCUAGGGAGUCAACUACUGGAGUCCAAUCUUUCCGGACCUCUGAUGAUACACUAGUACCUUCCUCUCCACUAGAUUCAAAUAAAUCUUUCAAAUUAUCCCAAGAUGGUUCCUUAAAAUCACCAGUAUCAGCAAGAAACUCUACAACUUGUUCCUUUAGAUCAUCACCAGAAUCCCCUUACAGGAGUCCACAGUUUGGACGUGAAAGUUCCAGCUCUUAUAGGACAACCCCUGAAUCUCCUAGUAAGAGUCCACCAUAUCUGUAUGGUGCUAGUGCCUCAGGUAUGUCAUUCAAAACAGAAUCACCAUAUCGCAGUCCAAGAGUCGUCCGUGAAGCAAACUCUUCUUUCAAAACAUCACCAGAGUCACCU